CUUAUUUCCAGAGCUAGUUAUCCGUCCGAUUUCCCCGAUGACAAUUAACUAAACACGUCAUCCCAAAAGAGUUGCAAUAAUUUCGUGACACAAUUUGGAAUUCUUGCUCCUUCAUUGAGGCACUCUUGGCAAACAGAUAGACUGCAGAGUAGUGUAACAUCAAAGAUUGUCGAGUAACUUCAGUCUGUGAGUACUUGAAAUACCGUCAUUUGCCAGGAUGACGUCCAAGACCAAGGCACAUGAUAUUGAGAGCAUCGUUGACGACUUCCGUUAUGGGACCAAUGUGGCCACAGCUCACCUCUCCAUUCGUUUAGGUUUUCUACGGAAGGUGUUUGGGAUUCUCAGCACACAGCUCUUGGUGACAACUGUAGUAUCUGCCAUCUUCAUGUACACAGAUGGAGUCAAGGCCUACGUUCAGAAAAGUCAAGGGAUGCUUGUCACGGCUUACGUGUCUUCCAUAUUCCUCCUGCUGGCGUUAUUCGUCAAACGCAGAGAUUCACCAAUCAACAUGAUCCUCCUUGGACUAUUUACUUUUGUGGAAGCCUACAGCGUUGGAACCAUCGUGACCUUCUACAACAAAGCUGUGGUGUUGCAGGCAUUCACCCUGACCAUGGUGGUGACACUCAGCCUGACUGCUUACACCAUGCAGAGCAAGAAAGACUUCAGCUCCUGGGGUGCAGGGUUGUACUCGGCCCUCUUGAUCCUCGUCCUCAGCGGCCUCCUCCACAUCUUCCUGCCUCAGAGCAAUGCCGUGGAGUUCCUCCUGGCCGUCUUUGGAGCCAUCCUCUUCUGCGCCUUCAUCGUCUUCGACGUCCACAUGAUGAUGCACAAGCUGUCGCCGGAGGAGUACAUCUUGGCCUCCAUCAACCUGUACCUGGACAUCUUGAACCUGUUCCUGCACAUACUGCGCAUUCUUGGGGAGGCACAGAAGAAGUAGAUGGAAAUCUUCAAGCUAGUGCCCGUUCCCAUGACUGGAUUUGUGUUAUCUUGUUGAUAGUGCCCCCACCUCAGUAGCAGCUUCACAAAUUAGUCUUACUCCCAAAUCACAUUAAUAAUCAAGUCAGUUAAUACCAUAGAGCUAUAUUAAAGGGAAUAUACAACAUUUGCAAACAUCGAAAAAUAAAAACAC